AAAAACCCAAACCCUAGUUGAUGCAAAAGACUAUUUCCUCUCCUUUCUCCUACUUUGCACUGCGUCGUUCAUUCGUCUCGCGAUUCAGCCUCCCCUUCCGCGCCGCCACUUUCCCGUCUUCUCCGACCUCGAUCUCUCAUCUGGACAUCCAGCCUCCAGAAUGGAAUCCACGAUUAAGCAUGCUAUUGUGAUCAAGGUUAUGGGACGGACUGGAUCUCGUGGGCAGGUGACUCAGGUGAGAGUCAAGUUUCUGGAUGACCAGAACCGUUUUAUCAUGAGGAAUGUCAAGGGACCCGUGAGGGAGGGGGAUAUCCUUACCUUGCUUGAGUCCGAGAGGGAGGCAAGAAGGUUGCGGUGAUCAAUCAGAGAUUGUCUUGUUUAUCGAAGCUCCUAUGUCUGUGUUUGUUGGGGAAUGACUGUUGUUUUUGCCAAUUCUGGGUAUUACUAGCAUCAUAGACCUAAUUUUUGUCAUGAGAUUUUGUUACGGAAUCGUUCUAAACUAAAUUGUCUGAGAAUGUUUUUUGUUUGUUUGAACAAGUAACAAUGUUCCUGCUUGCUGUGUCAAA